ACAGCUGGAGGUGAGGUUGAGGCCGGCAGCGGGUCACAUGACGCGACGCGCGUCCUGCCAAGAUGGCGGUGUGCAUCGCGGUGAUCGCCAAGGAGAAUUAUCCUCUCUACAUCCGCAGCACCCCCAUGGAAAAUGAGCUGAAGUUCCAUUACAUGGUGCACACAUCCCUGGAUGUGAUAGAGGAGAAGAUCUCUGCCAUGGGGAAGGCAUUAGUGGACCAGAGGGAGCUCUACCUGGGCCUACUGUACCCGACCGAGGACUACAAGGUAUACGGGUAUGUGACCAACUCCAAGGUGAAGUUUGCCAUGGUGGUGGAUUCCUCCAACACAGCCCUUCGGGACAAUGAAAUUCGUAGCAUGUUCCGUAAGCUGCACAAUUCCUACACAGAUGUGAUGUGCAACCCCUUCUACAACCCUGGUGACCGCAUCCAGUCCAGAGCCUUCGACAACAUGGUGACGUCGAUGAUGAUCCAGGUCUGCUGAGAGGCGGCUCUGCUGCUGAAGACAGUGUACGCGCCAGUUUGGAGCCGGCCAUCCCUUCUUUCCUCUUGCUGAGUGUGACAGGUGCACCAGGCGGUGGCCUUGUGCCAUGUCCUCCACUAAAGGCCUUGUGAGCUGA